GUUGAUCAAGGCUGCGGGCCAGAGAGUCAGAGACAUGUUCGGCGCGCCAACUCCAACCCCAGGUCCUCACCGUCCGAGCCCAAGGUAGAUUGUUGUUAUAGUUACCGCCGUGCCUGACAGUCGGCUUGCGUGAGCUCGCAGUCCGAGUUAGUGUCCGGAAAAGGGGCCACAUAUACGCACGCUUGACACACAACACACAAAACUGCCACGUCUACUCUUUCUCACUUCCCCUUUCUAUUUGCUUUUAUUACCACUAUAUUGUUCUCCCUUUUCUGCAUCUGACCGGCUAUCAACUUGCUGCAUCUCUCGAACCAAAACAGGACUACUGCAAUUCCCUCCACAAAAGAUCACAUUCAACAUGGGCUCCAAAGCAGACAUCCGCCUCGAUGGCAAGGUCGCUCUCAUCACUGGUGCGGGCCGUGGUCUUGGUGCUGGUUUCGCCAAGAUGCUGGCCGAGCGUGGUGCUGCUGUCAUCCUCAACUAUGCCACCUCGGCCAAGCCCGCUCUGGCUACCGUCGCCGAGAUCGAGAAGGCUGGUGGCAAGGCUGUCGCCAUCCAGGCCAACGUCGCCAAGGUGCCCGAGGUCGAGAAGCUGUUUGAGGAAGCCAUCAAAGCUUUUGGCAAGCUCGACAUUGUCAUCAACAACGCUGGCAUGGAACACUUCGGCAAGACCCAGGAUGUCACCGAGGAAGAGUUCGACGCCGUCUUUGGCCUCAACACUCGUGCUCAGUUCUUUGUCGGAUCACGUGCUCUGAGACACUUGAGUGAUGGCGGUCGUAUCAUCUUCAUGUCUUCCAUCGCUGCCAGUCUGAGUGUGCCGAACCAUGCCCUGUACUGCGCAUCCAAGUCUGCCGCUGAAGGUCUGGCACGAUCCUUCGCCGCCGAUGGCGGACCACGACGAAUCACUUGCAAUGCCAUCGCGCCUGGUGGUAUCAAAACCGACAUGUUCGCCCAGAACGCAUGGCACUACUCUCCUGGCGCCACCAAGGAGACCCCGAUUGAGGAGAUCGAGGCUGGCAUUGCCAAACUCAUCCCCCUCGGCCGAUGCGCCGUGCCCGACGACAUUGCCAAGGUUGUCAUGUUCUUGUGCCAUGAUGACAGCGAGUGGGUUACUGGCCAAACUAUCCGCCUGACCGGUGGAAGCACCAUCGCAUAAGCGCCUCGAGUUCUUGCAGCGUGAUUCUUGCCACUUAUGAGCUCCAGCCUCUUUCACUGGGUUGAUUGUUUUUGGCUACUCCAAAAGCAUGGCUCUGAAAUAGAAAGGUUUCUUUUGGGUUAGCGAAAUGGACUUUGAAGUGGUCUCCGCCUGGCCAUUGAAGCGUUCCCCGAGACGAUCUGAGGUAGAUAUGUUUUUGGCAGUCCGAUACAAAAAGCCAGGGUAUGAUCAGUGGAUAGAUUUUUGGCUACGGCAUUUUGCCUGGAUCAGUACUAGUAUCCGGGUUCUCCCUCCCUUUCCAGUUUCUCAUUAAUGUGACACUUGCCUGCUGCAGCCUGUGCAUUGUUAUACUGCGC